GAGAAUACAUUUUUCAUUAUUUCAAGUUAGUUUAUUUUGUUUUGAUAUUUUUCAAUUCUUCCAUAGUUAUAUUAAUAAUUAUCGUACAUUCCGUGACCGUGUUUCAAGUCUCAUAAUUACAUACUCGAGGUCACGUACUCACGUUGAAAAGUCUCACACACUCUGUAAUUUAAUCAUUAUUCAUUAGGCCAUAAUAUUUACUGAAUAAAAUCGCAUACAAUUUACUUUUUAUUACGAACCUUUUAACGUGUGAGUUGAGCAAUAUUGUGGAACGUACCCGAAAAAGUAAUUUUUAAAAAAUGGUUAAAGCCGUCUGUGUUUUGAACGGUGAAAAUGUCAAGGGUACCAUUUUUUUCUCACAAACUGACGAUAAAGCCCCGGUUGAAGUAACUGGUGAAAUAACUGGACUAUCUAAAGGCCGCCAUGGAUUUCAUAUACACGAAUUUGGUGAUAAUACUAAUGGUUGUAUGAGCUCGGGUCCACAUUUUAAUCCUUUUGGAAAAACCCAUGGAGCUCCUGAUGAUGGUGUGAGACAUGUUGGUGACUUAGGUAAUAUUGAAGCUCCUGGUUCAUCGGUGACAAACAUAAAUUUCAAUGACCCAAUCAUAUCGCUUACGGGACCUCUCAAUAUUAUAGGUCGUACUUUAGUUGUUCAUGCUGACGAAGAUGAUUUAGGUAAAGGAGGACAUGAAUUAAGUGCAACUACAGGAAAUGCUGGAGCCAGAAUUGCUUGUGGAGUUAUUGGAAUCACCAAAUAAUCAAUUUUUACUUAGAAUACGUUAUAUUUUAUUUUUAAAUUGUGUUUUAUAUUAAAUGAAUUUUUAGACAUAUUGUAGAAGCAAUAAAAACAAAUAAGUAUAAAGUUUCGUUUAAUAUUAAUAAAAAGUAGGUAACUUGUUGUAUUUCAUUACUUAAUUAGCUUCUAAAAUUAAUAGAUUUCAAAAAUUGUUACUAAUACAGAUUUUGAUUGUUUUUGGAGAUAACUUACUGUUAACGAAUAUGAUUAUAUAUUCCAAUAUUUGUCUUUAA